AUGAUGUCUUCGAGGAAGAGAUCGGCUCCAGAGAGGGCCGCCCGCUCCAAUUCGGCCUCCAACGCGAAUCCAACAAGAUCUUCUGACGAAAACAAAAGCGUCUCUGACACGACGGAGAAGAGACAUCAGGAACAGAGUCCCAGAAGAAUGUUCUACGUUCAUUUUGGUUCAAACUUUCCCAUCUGGCCAUCAAGAACACCACCACCGCCAUCUCAGCCACUUGAAAGCCCCCAUUCCGAGGUCCGCGUUCUUCGAGACAUUUUGUCCAAGAAAGAAGAGGAGCUGAAGGCAUUGAGAGAGGCAAACGACGAGAUUGAACGCAAACUAAAGUCAUGCCGCGAGAACGAUCAUCGCACACAACAGUGCAUCGAAAGUCUGAAAGAACGGCAGUUGGAGGAAUCCAGUUCCUUGAGAGACGAAAUCAAGGGUUACCAAAUCAACAUCAAAAAAAUCAUCGAGAAGCUUGAAGCAAAAUGUGCAGAACAGACGGUGCAACUGAGUAAGGCGUACUCAAAUGCUGUCUCCAGCUGGGCGCAGGACGUAUCGCGAGACAUGCCUGACGACGUCGUCAGAAGCACCAUCAGCUCAUUCUUUCAGGGCGACUUUUUCUCUUGGUGUGCCGACAUGUGCGCUCCAGAAAUAGACUGGAGCAAAGGCCACGACAAAAUUCUGAACUUCUACAACCUUGUCAACCAAGCUCAUCAUUACCGCUCUGGGCCUGCCCACUUGCUGUUUGACCACGCGGCACCAGACGGUUGCAGCUCCCUGGUCCUUCUCCAAGCAGCCUUGGCCAAGUCACUUGUAGACACUUUCCUAAGAAAUCCGUACUUUCUUGUGGAUAAUGGUACCGUUUUGCAGAACAUUGAGAGCAGAUUUGCCGAAAGAUCCCUCAAAGAGUCGAUCAGUUGGAGAAUCAAUACUGUCCGAAGCUUAGAGAAAACAUUUGCAUUCAAUGCCGAGCAAGUUGAUUUGCACCUGAACCAAUUUCUAAGCACGUUUGGGUUUUUGGUUCAAGAAUUGGACAAACAUGCACGGGACGACUUGGCGGACCUGUUCAAUCGCUUUUCGCAGAUCGCAUUGAAGCUAUGGCAAACCCCCACGCAGAUUCGCAUCCUCGACAUGGCAAACAUGACGGAUUUGUCAUUUGAUAUGAGUCAUUCCCAUAUCGAAUGCGAGCCUGUUGUUGCGUCCGCGCUCGGAGAACGUCUGAAUGGUCGCCCCAUUGGCGUGGUCAUCCGACCCUGCAUCCUGUCCCAAUCCAUUUCUGAUUCUGGUGAGCAAAUUCCUCCUGUUGUUUGGUCCAAGGCGCUGGUGUGGGUAUCUGGAGAAAAGGAUCCAUACGAUAUGGAAUGA